AUGGGCAACGAGGUGUCAGAACCAUUAACUAACCAACGAUCACCACUCAGUGAAUUUGAAGGUAUUCCAAUGGAAAUUCAAGUACACAUAUGUUCAUUUGUUCCAAGGAAGGAAUUUUCAACUCUUCUUCUCAUUAGCAAAGCUUUACAUCAGCAGAUAUUGAGGUCGGAUGAAAUAUUUGCAAAUUAUUAUUCGGAUUUUAGGGAACAUGCUUUGGAAGAGCUGAAAAGAUUGAAUGGAUCUUUAAUAAGUGGAGUACCAGUUCAUGUGCCUAUGGAAUUGUACGAGUGUGAUGAUGGGAUGAUGCCAUUGAAUAUUGAGAAAGUUGAAACGAAACUGCACUCGAAAUGUUCCAAAAAUUAUCAAAGAUUACAACAAGCUGUCAAGGAUCAUAAUCAAACCAUUGAAUCCAUUGAAAGAUUUUCUGGACACCAACGGAGACAAAUCCGUUCCAAUUCUAAUUGCAGAAUAUGCUGA